CGGACUGUGAUUGGCUAGACCCGUGAUGACGCCCGACGCUGCAGUGCCUCGGGUUGAGGCCUCGGGGUUCUUUCUCUGGGGAGAUCGCCGCUCACACUCAUGAGGAGCAGGAAGCUCGCAGGUGGAGUGCGGUCUUCAGCGCGCCUGAGAGCCCGAGGUUGCUCCGCAGACAUCGUAGCCCCCGCCCAGGACACCACCUGCUCCACGUCCCCCAAGACGGCAUGCCUGACUUCGUCCCACAAGACCCCAGACAGGCGAACCUCAAAGAAGUUCAAGUAUGACAAAGGUCACCUCGUGAAGGCAGAAUUACAGAAACUCAUCUCCAAAGGUGACAACACUGCUCUGCCAGAAGUGGCGCCCAGGGCCCCGUGCACAGGCGUGUCUGCAGAAGACAGCGCAUUGCCCCCGGGCAGUGACACAGCUGUCCCUGCCCACCAGGAGGCUGCAGCUCUUCCCCACGGUGGCUGGCCCAGUGCAAGUGACACUGUCCCCGCUGAGACCGAGGGCAGCCGGUCCCCUCCAGAGCCCUGCGCCAGUGUGGCGGCAGAGGAGUCCAACGGGAGUCCCAGGGGAACCCACGAGGCAGCAUCUGCCACAGCAGAGACGCAGGAGCCCCUGCUUCAGAUGGACAACAGCGCCCUUCUGGACGAUGACAGCAAUCAGCCCCUGCCAGUGAGCCGGUUCUUCGGGAACGUGGAGCUCAUGCAGGACCUGCCGCCGGCCUCCUCCUCUUGUCCUUCAAUGAGCAGACGAGAAUUCAGAAAAAUGCAUUUCAGAGCCAAAGAUGACGAGGAUGACGAAGAUGCAGAAAUGUAGAAAACAGUGAUUUUUUUUUUUUACAUACUUCACACAAUUAACGAUUUGACAAUGGAACAAAUCGUUAAGAUUUAUAUGAAAUGCUUCUCCAAGGGAAUGUGUCCCUUGUGGGACUUCAGAAGUGACCCAUGGAAAUGAACAGCACAAAACGCCAGGCACCCAGGGAGCUUGCCUUGCAGGACUGCAGCAGUCCAGCUGGGGGUUUAGCCGAAGGCGAUCUCUGUCAGCAUUGUGUAGGUAACAUGCUGGCACACUGUCCGUUAUAGGAAGCUGAUGAGUCUUGAGAUUAAUUCAGCGCCACUCUCUAAAGGCCUCUUCUGUAUUUCUGAAGGUGGACCUGCUUGCCUUGAAAACUCUGCCAAAUACAUGUGGGAGAAGAAUAAAAUAUACGUUUUGAAAAUACUUUUAAAGCAACGUACCUAAAACUAUUUCUUCCUCAAACGUUUGAGAGCCCAGGGAAGAAGUGAAUCCUGUCCCUGGCUGGGACCACCUGUCAGGCUGUGAACCAGGCAUGGCCCCCAUCCUUCUCUUGGGUACUUCUUCCUCUCACUCACUAGCUCAGCCAGCCUCGGGGUGCUACCUUUGCCCCCAGUCCCACCAUGCACAGAGACCUUCUCCAGCCUCUCCUGCCACCAGCCUUGCCUAAGGAGGGGUUCCCUGGUGAGCAGUGGGGACUUGUCCUGAGAGAGCAGGAGCCUCUGGCUUGGUGACCACAGCUGCCCAGGACCUCUAAGCUGUCUGCCCUGGAGGCCUAGGAAGUAUUUCCCGUAACAUAAACAGGAGCACAAUGCACCUGUAAGACAUUUUUCAGUGCUUUUCCAGUUCAAAACCUUUCUCACUCCCCAUACCAGUGAUUUUUGUGCAGUCAUCCUAGUUUCCAUGGUGACCAUUUUCCCAUUAGCCAUGACCUUCACCUACCAGGAAUAACAUUGUGACUUAUUGAUUGAUGAACUAGAAUUUGAAAGUGUUGCUUGUAAAGUCACUGAGAGCCAGGAAAAAUAAAGUACAACCUUGCAUUGCUGCGUGAGUGGUGA